GGUCCGACAACUAAGCCAGUGGAAACGAUACUAAGGAUAUUUUUCACAGUCGAAGACCCUAUCAUGACCAGUACCACCCAACAAGAUAACGUUACCGUGGCUGUACCAUUAAAUCACACACUUCUACAGGCUAUGCAAGCUUUUCAGGCCCAGCCGAACUCCUGCUUCAGCUUCGAGACCAUUCAGACCAGUCUUGGACCUUUGGUUAUCUCAAUGAAUGGUAUAACAAGAGUUGAAAACAGCAAUUUCUGGUUUAUCCUGUUGGCUCCAGAUAGGCCCCUUCAACAAGGUGUUGCAGAAACCUUUCCCAAAAACGGAGAACGCUACAUAUUUAGACUCACUGCAUUAAACAAUCCUUAAAAUGUACGUGCAAAACAUAUUGAAGAUAUGAUAUAAGUGCAUACGAUAGGAAACGUAAGAUUAAAAACAUAAAUAGACUUGAACAUUUCACUUAUGUUUACGGAAAUUCCUGUGAACGUGUAUAUAUGUUAGCGGUAUUCCUAUUUUAGCGCUUUUCGUAGUUUCAACAUUGCGCUAACUUACUAUUGCGCUAAUUCCGUUUUAGUAUACAGUCUUCUAUUGCAUAUUGCUAGAGCGCCAAUUUAUCAGCAUUGUACAUUUUUAAAUUGUCCAGGUAACAGGGUAUGCGAACACAUAUUUGUCCAGGUAACAAGGGGUACAAACAAAAUAUUUGUCCAUGUAAUAAGGUUUAUAAACACAUACUUGUUCAAGAAUCAUUUCUCCAGAAAACCAGUCAUACAAUUUCACCAUAUGUGAUAUGUUUCAUAAAAUAUAUACAUAUACAUGUACUAUAGUAAAAUUUGGAUAUACUAACCGACUUCAAAACUAGCAGCUUUCACCCUUUACAGGGCUCUUCAGGAUUGUGGAGGUAAAGUCAACUAUCAAAAGACCGCUAAAGAGCCAUGUAAAAGGUGGAAGCUGCUUAUUUUAAAGUUGGUUGUUUUAUCUUAUUUUUUUGUAUACUUGCCUAUUUCACAUGGACAUUUAAGCUUUUUAAUUAAAUAUAUGUAUAUAUUUAUUUGGAAUUUCGAUGUGGCUUUGUCGUUAUUUGCUUUCGUAAAUAAUUAAAAUAAAGAUGAUGGAACUAUUUCAACCUUUUUAAUCAAAAAUAAAUUGCGAGAGAUUUGACUUCAUCAAAUGUUUAAAGCCCGCGUUUUAUUUGUAAAUGACAUUAUUAAUAAAUUGUAUUUCCCCUCCUCAGCUGAUGUUGAUCUCUUUUCAUAGUUGUCCAAAUGCAUGGGAAGACAUUUUUUCAAUGUCUUUGUGGCGGUUUUUUGUUAACCCAACAUUGACUUUUUAUGAUAUGUACUCAAGAGUUAAAAGUUUCAUGUACAUUUUAUUUAUGCAUUUUUAUGCUUUAUUUAUAAUUCGGAAAAUUUCCUCAAAUUUCAAUAAUAAUAACUAAGUCACCCUCUGUGAGGGUGGCCUUUUUCAUUCACAGUCCGUGUUGUGUCGUUUCUCGUUAUAGUGAGUAGAUGCAUUAAAGGCAGCUAAGCCAUUAGCUUAAUCUAUGCAUCGGAAACACUAAACAAGAUCAUUUUGAAUAUUUUCCGAAUUUUUGUGGAUUUUUCUUUGCAUAACAUUAAGAGUUAUGUCCCUUGUAUCGUAGCCAGUAGUCCCCAAAGUAUGAAGGGUCACGGGUCAUCUGAGGAUUAUCUGAUUGGUUAGUUAAUUUCAAGGGGACGCUGAGACCUCUCUAUCAGUCAACCAUCUUAGAUUAAAGCUGUGUUACCUAUCCGAUCCAGUAAAGUAAACACAUUUAUUUCUGCAAAAUACCCACCCUCUACCUCCCUUUCGUUUUGUCCUCUUCUGGACAAUACUACUGACUUACGGUUUUAUUCAUGAUUUGGCGGUUUUUUGUUAACCCUACAUUGGCUUUUUAUGAUAUGUACUCAAGAGUUAAAAGUUUCAUGUACAUUAUAUGUAUGUAUAUUUAUGCUAUAUUUCUAAUUCGGAAAAUUUCCUCAACUUUCAUAAAUAAAUACUUAGUCACCUUCUCUGAGGGUGGCCUUUUUCAUUCACAGUCCGUGUUGUGUCGUUUCUUGUUAUAGUGAGUAGAUGCAUAAACCAUCUUACAUGUACUAGUUUUUUUCACAUGAGGUUGCGAAUAAAAAUCAUUUGG